AUGGUCACAGCUGCUGAAAUCUUGCUUCGGUUUCAAAUUUUUGAUUUGUUUCCUGCGCGGCUAUGGACAUUAUCGAAAAAGUACAACCCGCUGUCUUUUCGGGCAGCAAUUGUGGAUUUCGUUUCCCUGCCGGACACUUGUCUAGAUGUGGGGUACAGUGCCGCUCUGCAGGCAGAAGCUUUGGAACAAGGUGCAUUGGAGCAACAAGUUCGGUUUCUUUUGAGUCCCGCAGUGCAAUCAGAACUGGACCGCAUCCUGGAAACGGCUUUGGUGAACAACUUGGAUGUAGAAAGAAAACAUUGGCAAGAUAAACGUCCAGAAAACAGUUCCGGUAAGGUCGCCUCUCUGAGUCGUUGUUCGCGUAAUUCCUUGAUCCGGAAAUAUCGCCUACAAAGAUCUGAAGUGCGAUUGGAGCAGUUGAAAGUGAAGAAACGCUUUGCCAAGGAUCGGUUUGCCAAUGCCAGGUCUAUUGCGGUUGCCAGACAUCCAGAAUGGCUCCCUCGCCCACGUGGAAUCCUGCAUUGGCAGCAAGGAGUCGCAAAACAGCAAGCGAAAACAAUUGUGCACCAGGGGAACUCUGAGGCGCUGCAACAGUAUUUACAGGAGAACAAAGCGUCCUUGCAAGAAGAGGCUGCUCAACGACGUCAAGCGGCUAAACGAGGCCUUACCUCCUUGGAGGCAUCGCGUUUGCCAAUGUCAAAUGCUGAAUGGUUGCGCUGGGUGGAAGCUAAUGAAGCAUAUUUUCAUGAAAUUUUGCGUUCUGCCACUGAGACUAGGAGAGAGCUAUCCCGGCGACUGGUUUGUGAGAAUGACACCAUGCCGGCAGUCUCGCGACUGGCUGCCACAAACACCUUUGGAAAUCGUACAGUUGCAUGGCGCAGAGCACUGCUACAAUCUCAUUUUCGUUUUCAUUGUCUCCAGCUUGGCACUUCGGACGCAGACAAAAUUGUAUUCUUUACUGCCUGCAUGUAUCGAUGCCCUUGGGGUGUCUUGUUGGAGGGAUGUUCUGGGCGUCGGUUUACUUGGCACAUUACCAAACCUUUAUCGGAAGCUUUGGUGCCUAUAGAGAAUCUUGUAACUACUUUGGGUUUCUCCAUUGAUCAAGAACACGUCAAGUUGUUUGCGUUGGAAAUGACCGUUGAGAACGUGUCACGGACCGAAGCAACUCUGUUUGUUUCUUCUGCAAUAGAAGUGAAUAUCACCGCGUGUGCCGGUGAGUGUGCAAAAGAAUCAGAUGAAGAAGAUGAAAUUUCAGUAGACAAGCAAGAUUCCGAUUUAGAAUCCUGGGCUUUGUCCGGACACGAAUCCUGUUCAGAAGAUGCAGUGGAAAGCGAAGCGGUCAGUUCCUCUUCCAGUGAUGACGAUGCUGCAGAGGUGCCGGACCGUGCGAAUCUGGAGCGAAUUGCCCCUGCAGCGCGAGCUGCGACAGGUGCCUUUGUUGUUUCGCACAACCCUUACUUUAGUGUCAGUAACUAUGCUGCUUCUACAGCUCAGCAUGCUGCGAAAUCACUGAGGGCGCGGGUAGCGGAGAAAUGGGCUACGGACACUUAUCUUGGAACUGCUAGCAAAAGCAAAACCAUACAAAUUGGCGAAUAUGAUGCAGAUCCCCAAAAUCCUCGCAAUUCAGAAAUGGUGCUUCAGGCAUGGAUGUUAUGGCGGGUGCAAUUUCAUUCUUUUUUAGAUGGAAAUUUGAGCCGACGCCGCUGGUUUGAGACAGAGCUCCGAGCGCUACAGCGCAAAGUGGGUCAUGGCACCGGAAAUGUCAAGGCAGAUAAGUUGAUCAAACAGUGGCUGCCAGCUGCAUUCGCGGAGAUUCAGGCAGCCCUGAAAGAUGUGACUCCGGAAGGAGCGGAAAGGUCUCGGGCGGUGAGAUCCCUUACAGACUUUAAGAAGAAUGAUCCAACAAUCGACGUCACAGAGAACAACAUUCGCUUGUACCUGGCCUUGAAGAAACUGAGCCCAUCCGGUCGGGUGUCUCUCGCACAGAUGAAAUCUCAGAAGACCAUGGCUGUGGCCAGCACCAUGAUUCGAAGCAGUCUACCCAUUGACAUCGACCCGCAGACCAUUUGGGCCUUUGAUCAAGCGGUUCCGCGGGAGAAGCUGGGUCGAGGUGUCUUUGAACUGGAAUCAUCCUUUGGAAACAUGAGCAAGGUCAAACAUGGGCUCUUUGAAGGUGCAGGGUCAAUGCCCGCGUCAUCCCAAGCCUUGCCAGACAAAGACAUGACCCAGGGAAAGGAUGAAGCAGAUUCUCAGGGCCCUCCUGGGCCUCCUGCAAAAAAGCCCCGUGUUCUGCAAGAGCAUGUGUCGGAGACAGAGGAGGAAAGUUUCGAGCGCAUUGCUAAAGCAACCAAAGAGGCCUUUGAUGCUGGGAAAUUUUGUUCCAAAGACCGCACCUCUCCAGAAUUUGCAGAGUUUUGGCUACGUCAUUUCCGUACCUACUGUGAGAAGUUCAUGGUCAAGUGCAAUGAAGGACCGCCCAGCUUUCUCAGAAGCUAUGUGGCCUUCACCGUGAAGAGUCUCCUCGGCACUGAGACCUUAGAGGAUUUGGCAAUUUUCGUCCAGCACUUGGAGUCUUUGCAGAAAAUCAAUGAGAAUCUUGUGCCUCCUUUGGCUGCCGCUGUCAUCCAGCUAGGAAAAUGCCGUGUGGAAGAUGACCAAGACGUUGUUGUGAGUGGCUUAACCAUGAGCCAGCAGUACACACUGUUCAAGUCCAAAUUGUACAACCAGUUUACCUCCGAGAGAUUGUCGCACAGGUUGAAAGCAGUUGCUGCAGACCAUGGUACCGAGCCUGAAGCUCGCCUGGUUGUGGUUCGAGAUUUGCUGAAGCAUAUUUUGAGUGAAGCUCAAAAAAAAUCACUCGAAUUUGCUGUCACCAUGCUUUCCCCCAUCGACGACGCCGAGAAGCUGACCUUCUUGCUGGGGUCGCAGGAGAAUUUUGGAUUCUUGCGAAAUUGGUUUGGGUCCUCAGAUCCAAGGUUGCUGCUGGAGCACUUUUUUGGAGCGAAGCUGCCAGAGCUCGACAUGAAGACUUUUCUCCAAGCCGUAUCCCUGGCAACGAGCGCCAUCGAUAGCAUCCCCAACACACAGGUGAAAGGUUUGCUGAAGGAUUGGUUGAAGCUCAAGGAUGUGGCGCCCGUGGUGGCAGAAGCGAUUUUCUUGGAGCUCGUGAAAUACAAGUUUGGUUUAUCGCACAUCUCGGAGGAAAUUAACUUAGCGGACUUGACAGAAGGCUGUUUGAAAGUCAUUGCUGCCUCCGUUCGCAAAGUGCCAUCUGAGAAGCAAGCGGAUUUUCCCAUCCUGACAGCCCUGCUUGCUAAAUCCAAUAUUUUGCUGCCUCCUCCGGACAGCAAAAAAAACCAUGAAAUCGCAGAAAAAGACACUCAAAAGGAUAAGAAAACAGAGAUCGCUGAGACACAAAACGCAGCUGGCGAAAAGCCAGAUCAGAAGCCUGCUGUUCCAGAUUUUCAGAUCGACCAAGUGGUUGUGAUUUCAGCAAACAAACACAAGGAAAAAUACGACCAACGUGAGGGAAGAAUCGUGAAAGUUCUGAGUUCCAAACUCCGUGUUGAAAUCCUAAGUGGCCCUGCUCAGGGCGAAGAAAAGGAUGUCCAGAAAAGCAGUGUUACGCUUAAAGAAGCGGUUCCCAAAAAGAAAGAUUCCGAAGCAGAGAUUCCCAAAGGGAACGAUGCGAAAGCUGAGAUUGCCAAGAACAAUAAAUUGGCGGAAGAUUUGUUUGGCCUAGGUAAUAACUAG